CUUAUAUCAGUAUUUAGUAUUUUUAAACCUUUUGGGAAACAGUUUAUAAAGGUGUGCAGUAUUGGUCUAUGAAUAAGCGCUGUCAGGGGGCGCGAAACUAGUCAGACAUUUGUGUCAGUUUGUCCUCCUGCCUUUGCUGUUUAUGUGUUCACAGCGUCUGUUGCCGUCUUUGACUUUUUAAUUAUUUUUUCAUUAAAGUAUCUAUUCUUUUACUGGAUGCCUUUUUGUAGUGUCUGCCUUCCUGUUUCAUUUGCUGACUGUGCAGUAUUCCCACCCUGACCUGUAUAGAUAUAUACUAUUUUUCACUUUUUUUCCCUACUUUUCAGGCUCCAUUGAAGUCUAUGGGGGAUAACAUUAACGAGUUUGUGAUAUUCGAAGUUCGUUUUUUUGCGGGCAUCAGCCCUCCCGUGGUGUUGAGCUGAUGGUGCUGCUUCCUCUUUCACAGAACACUAAGGAGUGCUCAGACAACGACUACACCUGAACAAAAAAGCACAAGAGCGCAUCCCCGACUCAAGAUAGUAUGCAAGAGACAGAUAGAGGUGCAUAUGCCUCUGAGGAGCCCACACCCUGUCUGACAGAUUGGUAUCCUUGGAGGAACAAAAGAUGCUGGCACUUCCUCUAAUGUUUUAACUGCAUCAACAAGAUUGGCUUCUUUAAGAGUCAAAUCCCAUUGUUCACACAACCACGCUCCUUUAGCUACCUCAUGUGCCACAUCAUUAUAAGACUAGCCAUGUGUAUGAAGAGGAAAGAGGUGCCUUGACUUUCCUGCUGUGGAGGUUCCCGAACAUAAUGAAUAUUUCCACAUGAAGAAUUUCAUCAAAGUCAAAAUGAAAGAGAUCUAAAGCCUGAAAUUAAUUUGUAUUCACCUUGAUGAAAAUGAAUUUUACAAAUUGCACAACAGAAACAAUUGCAAACAAAUCUAAGACAGUAACUGAAAAGAUGCUCAUUUGUUUAGCACUGGCAGUGAUAACUACCCUAACUACGCUGUUAAAUUCUGCUGUCAUUCUUGCAAUUUGCACAACCAAGAAAUUACAUCAACCGGCAAAUUAUUUAAUAUGCUCUUUAGCUGUUACAGAUUUUUUAGUUGCCAUUUUAGUUAUGCCAUUAAGCAUUGCCUACAUAGUUAUGGAUACCUGGGCUCUGGGCUAUGUUAUCUGUGAGGCCUGGCUUAGUUUUGACAUGACCUGCUGUACCUGUUCAAUUCUUCAUUUAUGUGUCAUUGCACUUGAUAGGUAUUGGGCAAUUACCGACGCUAUUGAAUAUGCCAGAAAAAGAACCCCUAAAAGAGCAGCAAUAAUGAUAAUAACAGUGUGGACAAUUUCCAUUUUCAUUUCGCUUCCUCCAUUAUUUUGGAGAAACCACUACAAUGUUAGCACACCAAGUAUGUGUGUAAUUCAACACGACCAUGUUAUAUAUACAAUAUAUUCCACAUUCGGAGCAUUUUAUGUCCCAUUGACCUUGAUACUGAUUUUAUACUAUAGAAUUUACCAUGCUGCAAAGAGCCUUUACCAAAAGAGAGGUUCAAGUCGGCAUUUAAGCAACAGGAGCAAUGACAGUCGGAACUCAUUUACUCACUGCAAAUUAACCCAGACAUUCUGUGUAUCAGAUUUCUCCACUUCUGACCCCACCAUGGAAUUUGAAAAGAUGAAUAUUUCUAUAAGGACCCCACCUCCUUAUGAUAAUGAUAUUGACCUGGCGAGUGACCGGCAACAACAGAUCUCCAGUUCGCGAGAGAGGAAAGCUGCUCGCAUUCUCGGGCUUAUUUUAGGUGCUUUCAUAAUAAGUUGGUUGCCAUUUUUUAGCAAGGAACUUAUUGUAGGGCUCCGUAUUUGCAAUGUGUCUCCAGUAGUGGAUGAUUUUUUAACAUGGCUGGGCUAUGUCAAUUCAUUAAUUAAUCCGCUACUCUACACUAGUUUUAAUGAUGAUUUUAAACUAGCCUUUAAAAAACUUAUUAGGUGCAAAGAGCACUCUUAAAAUGUGAUACUAUUCAUACAUUAACAGAUGACUGUAUUAAACAUAAAAAAAAAGAUUGCCUUUUGAUAAAGGGAAUGGUAAUUAAAGAUUUUUUUAUUAUUUUG